AUGCCGCCAAUGCCAAGGCUUCUCUCGGCGUCUAAGGAUGUGCUCAUCCCUGACGAUGCUGGUAGCCGGUCUAACGCUUCGCGCGCAUGGAAUCCAGCAGCAGACAAAGAUGCAUCUACAGCUUCGACCACUUCCUCGAGAAGCUCUCUCUAUUCGGUGCGAUCCAUGACCGAUUCAAUGCUCUCGAGGCGAAGCUCCACCACAUCCUAUACGGGCAGCAGUGUUUACUCUGCGAACAUGGAAAUCGUGCCCACCCUCACCAGAACACCAUGGGAGCUGGAACGAAACAAGCGACCUUGGUCACAGCACUCCCGGCGCUCACGCCCUGCGAGCGUCUUGUCAGCGCGCGUGUUCAGGGAACUUCCACGUGAGAUAUACAGCUGUAUCUUGCAACAACUAGAGGCUCUCCACUUUCAAUCGCCCCUCAAUAGCUGCGCGACGUGCUAUCUUAGGGAUGUCCAGAAUUUGGCUCUCACAAGCCGUGCGUGGGAGAAAGUAGCUAGACAGCAAUUGUACGGUAGCGUUCGAAUUCCAGCGGACAAGAUCGAUGCCGAGUCAAAGAAGUCCAAGACGAAGACCGCGAAUCGCAUCAAAAUCCUACGACGAACACUGCGCGAGCGCUCUGGCCUAGCAAAGCUCGUCCGAGAGAUACACGUGCCGGAACUGCAGCGCGUUUACCAGCAGAGCCUUCCGCAGGAGCGAUCGCAACUGAUUGAUUCACUCGCAUCGCUCGUCAUGGCUUGUCCGAAUCUUGAAAAGCUAGUCGGCCUUUACCCGACUUACGAGCAUGAAUUUGAUCGCCUUACCCAUGCGCUUUCAACGCGGAGUUCACUGAAAGAGCGAGCAUGGAUCAUACGGAACACUAAGAGGCGCGAUAGCGGAUGCUUUGACGGUAAAGAGGAGGAGAUGUAUUACGCUUCCUACUCGGACCCAGUCGAAAUGUUCCUACAACAGCAUGAGAGUUGGCCCAACCUCCAAACACUGGUACUGCAUGCCCAGAACGCCGGCAGCAUGAACUUCAGGGCCUUCAUUGCAACAUUCCGACAGCUACCGAACCUGAAGAACCUCUACAUCUCUAGCUUCGGUUCCGACGAAUUCAACGACAGGACUCUGCUCGCACUGCCGGCCCUCCGCUCUCUGCGGCUCCAGGACCUCCACGGCCUAACCGACCGAGGCCUCCUCCGCUUCGCCGGCUCAGACGCUGCGAAAGGUCUACGAAAGCUCUCCCUUAUUGACUUGGAGAUCAUGCUCCUCCCUGUGAUCACAAAGUUCCUCUCAACCGCCGAAAACCUCAAGCGGUUCACUCUAGUUCAAGACGGCUCGCCAGGUCUUCCACCCGGCGCCAUUAUGCGCAUCCCAGCCCUAUCAUCGAAAUCCGUCGAGUUCCUCCACUGGGACAUCCUCGUCCCCGGCUCCGCAAACGAAGAUCUAGCAUCCUCCAUUGCCGCCGGCGGCUUCCCCAGCCUUCGCACAAUCCGCGCACCAAGCGACCACGACGGCCUCCUGCAGAACCUCUGCAGGCCUGUCGCGCAGAUUACGCAGGACAGCGACCACCACCUCCUGAGCCAGCUGGGCGGCGCAAAGCUGUCAAGCUUUACGCGCUACCUGCGCACACUCCCGGCCGCGAGGCGCGCGGCGCAACGGCGCAUUGAGGAGGCGAGACGCAGACCGGCGGUUAAGAUUGUUGUGGAAUGUGAUGGUGUGGUACAGAGUACGCAUACCAUCAGGUCGUACGUGGGCACGCUGGGCUCGAAGAUCGAGUACCUGCUUGAACCGGAUGUUCCGGGGAGUGAGGAUGCGGUCGCUGGGAUUGCGGAUUUGCUGCGAGGCGGGGCUGCGUCUUGGAGUGGGAACAACGAUGUUUGUACGGGCGGUGGAAAGGGCGAAGCUUCUGCGGAAGCGGGGGGCUGGUUUCAUGCGCCUAGGCAGCGCUGUGCUUCGAUAGGGUUGGAAGACCUGUUUUGA